AUGAGUUUCUUUAUAAUUUUCUUUUUUGCUCAAGUAUUUGGAAUCGAUAUUGCUUGCAACAUGAAUAAAUGCUCUCCGAACACUGUAAUGCAUAAGUAGAGAGGAGAUAAAUCGUGCGAUGCUGAUUGCAUGUUUUCUUAUUGCAAUUAUGACUCAAGAGAAGCUUAUCAAGUAACCAGUGAUAUUAAAAAAUCAGACUGCUAUGGAAAUCCAUGUGACGUGAAAAGCAAAUGAGAAUGUUAUAGAAAUGGAGCGAGUAUCCUUGGAGAUGGAAAUUGUGACGAAGCCUGCAAUGUUCAAGAAUGCGGGUUUGACUUUGGAGACUGUGGGUACUGCGCUCCAUCAUGUAACUAAUAUUUAGGCUAUAAAUCAAUGCUCGGAGGAACAUGCGACGUUGAAUGCAAUACAACUUCUUGCUACUAUGACUAUGGAGCAUGUUUGGACUGCUCUUCUGGAUGCACUUCUUCUAUAUGAGGAAAUGGAGAAUGCAACCAAGAAUGCAACAAUAAAGAAUGCAACUUUGAUAAUGGAGACUGUUUAAGCCAAACUUGUGCACCCAACUGCUAUCUUUGAAUGCUAAACAACACCAUUUGUGAUGAAGCUUGUCAGGUAGAAGAGUGCCAUUUCGACUAUUUUGACUGUGAUUGCAAUUCUGGAUGCUUUUCUACCUUGCUGGGCGACGGAGAAUGCAAUGAAAUCUGCAAUACUGAAGCCUGCAACUUUGACGAGGGAGACUGUGGGUAUUGUGCAAGUGGUUGCUUCUUAGAAACGCUAACAAACGGUGUAUGUGACGAGGCUUGCAAUACCUUCCGCUGCAAGUAUGAUUAUUUCGCUUGCAAAUGCAAUGAUGACUGCCAAGCUGAAGAUUAUGGAAAGUGCAAGCUAGAGUGCAUGGUAAUGGACUGCAGUUAUGAUCAAGUAGGUAUUAACCCUGAAAAGAGAUGCCAGAGCGAAGAUUUAGUUUGAUAUUCCAUUUUCCAACAGUCUCUCAAAGCCAAUUUUGAUAUCCCAGUCAGCUUUGAUGAUUGUUCAACAGCAUCCUCUUCCCAGUGUUCUUUAUCCAUGUCAGUAAACUUUGAGUCAUGCUACUCCGAGUGUUAUUAUAGAGAAUGCAAUUAUGGACUGUGCAGCUUUACAACUGGCUGUGAUCUUAUUCCUGAUAGUGAUAAAAAUUUAAUGUGCACUAUUUGCAAUGGAGAUUGGCUCGAUAACUGCUAUUCAUGAUAUACUGAUGGGGAUGUUUUAUUUUUGAUGGGCCUUGGAGUUAUGCAUCAUAGCAAAUAUCUCUCAGCGGGCCUGCCAGAUUUCUAUAUUUAUCAUGUCACCUCUAAUCAAGCAGGGUCGACUCCUUCAGGAGACGGUAGCCCAUAUUUUCCUUUUGAAACACUUGAUUAUGCGUUAGAAAAAAUAUAUAAGCUUAGAAAAACAAUGAACUUUAUAUACUUAGCAAAUGAUGGAGAAUACACUUUAAAUAAUUGCGAAACAUUUGGUUCUUAUAGUUGGAGCUAUGUGGUCAAGACCUAUGAUGAGAACAAAGUUAAGAUAAAAAUCAAUGGGUGAAGUGCAAGCACAUGCGAAAUUUCUAAGAGUGUAACAUUUGAAAACGUCAUUUUUGACGGCUCAGAACAAUACGUUACGUGCAAUGACACUGCUUAUUGUGAAUAUUGUUCGUACAGCACCUACAAUGAAACUAAUGGCUAUUGAUAUAACGAUAGAAAUCAGCCUUCUUCUCAAAAUUUACCUAUAAGCAAUUGCAAGAAUCCGAGAACAAGUCUUUUUUUAAUGCACAAUGCUCAUUUUACUCUGAAAAACGUUGAAAUCAGAAACUUUCGAUUUAAUUUCAGUUAUAUUAUACAAGGAAGUGGCAAUUUAAAACUUUUAAAUGUUAAUUUUGAUAAUGUCCAACUUAGUGGCUCAGAGGAAAACGCAGUUAUUUGCGGAAACGAUCGAUAUGGAGACUUGGACAUAAAUUAUAUCGGAGGCAGUGUGACGAGGCUGAAUAACGGUUAUGAAAUCGAUGACCCAAUAGAUCUUCGAGGAUUUUUAUAUACAAUAUACAUGACUACCAUUAUAAUUAGAGAUGUAGAGUUCAAAUAUAACUUAGUCGCUAGAAAGCCAAACAGUUCUUUGUCUACUGCUUCCUUAAUUUAUUUCAAGACUAUCAGAAGUAUUGAAAUAGGCAACUGUACUUUCAUGUACAAUUAUUGUGAAACUGGUGUGAUCUACUCAAAGCUAGAUCUUAGCGACUACGAAACUGACUAUAAUGAGACGAAUUAUUUGUACUAUGUAAUGCGGACACACAUUUAUAUACAUGAUUCUAGAUUUAUUUCAAACUAUGGGAAUCUUGGGAUAGUUCAUAUUGAGUUUUUGUAUAAACUUUUAAAUGUCCAUUUUGAUAAUGUCACUUUUGAGUCGAAUGGUGUGGACGGUGACUCUUUGGUUUAUAUUUACAAUCCGAAUAUUUUAGAAGAAUACAAAACGGAGACCUCUGCAAGCAUAGUCGUCCCUAAUAUAGGAACAGCCUCUGUAAUCUUAUCUCCAAGAUGAUGCAAAAUCAAUAAGGUGACUUUCACAAAUAAUCAUGCCUCAAGUGCCAUCUAUGCUUAUAACUUAGUGAAUUUUCAAAUCCAAGAUUUGGUGAUUAGCUCCAGCGGGUCCUCAAUUGAGGAUAAAAAUAUAAACACUCUCCUGCUUGACUAUUUUAUUGAAAAUCGAGACAUUGAAGACUUAUAUAUAUCCAAAGGAAAAUCCAAUACGAAAUUUCCUGAUUGCAAUUUUAUGGUUUCCAUUAUAAAUCCAUAUAAAUUAAGCAUUCAAGGAUUGACUAUGCUAAAUAAUAUUUGCAGAAAAUCAUCUCCAACAUUUAAAAUUUAUAACUCAGACAUAAGAAAUCUAACCUCGAUUACUUGCUCAGGCAAUAUUGGAUAUGGGCAAUUGCCUGUUUGCCUUUAUUUCACAGGACUUUUCGAUAGGAAUAUAACAAAUUCAGAAUUUAUAGGAAAUACAAACUACUACAAAUCUGGAAACGGAGUAAUUGCAAUUGAAGGCGAAAAUAACAUAUAUCUUACUAAUUGUUCAUUUGUGAGCAAUUCUGCAAAUCAAGUUCCUUUAUAUUUAUCCGGCCAAAGCGUCUAUAUUGAUUCUUCUAAUUUCGAAUCAAAUGAAUCCAAGCGCGGGAAUGGAGGAGGCUUGUACUUCAUUUCUACCUCUUUGAAUAAUCCUGGAACACUGAUGAUUUCAUUAAGCAAUUUCACUAAUAAUUCAGCCAAUUCUAAUGGUGGGGGCAUUUUCAUAGAGAAAAAAUCAACGUCUCUAUUAACAUUGGAGCUUUUAAUUUCACAAUCAAAUUUUAAAGGAAACCAGGCUAAAUAUGGCUCUGCUUUAUAUAUUGACAACUCUAUUAUCUUGACUUUAAAUUCAACCAUAGCUGAUUCAAAAAUUUUAGAAAAUGUAUCAAAAAUGUCAGGAGCAAUCUCACUGUACUUUUUCAGUGGUAUUUUAUCUUUUAUAUCUAUAUGCAUAAAAUGGCGCUGACAGGCCACCUAAACUGCUGACCCUAUUUCUUCAACAUCAGUAGGCCACGGCCCAGUGUGAAGGUAAAGGGCAGAAAGAUUUCGGAAAACCUUUAUACAUCUCUGGCUAGGUUUUUCUCGGGCCAUAGGGAGCUAACCCAUAGGACUUGAGUUUUUGCCUCCGGAGCCAUCACUGGAAAAAAACAAGACCCAUAGGAUCACUAACAGAAUGAUAACUUCCAAGGGUGGCAUUUGUCCAACAUGAAACAUUAAGUUCCAUCCAGGUGGUGGGCCCAUAGGCUCCAGGAGAUAUGGAAGCCAAGAUCGGUAGCGUGAAUCCCUUGCCUGCAAAUAAAAUAGUGACGUUGAAGGAAGUUGGAAUCCGAGGUGCACUCCCUAUGGAGCUGAAAACAGGGCCUCUGUAUUUUUUGAAGUAGGCCUUCAGGCUUAGAGAUGCCUUCCCGAAGAGGGAAGUUAUGUUUCUCCCUGAAGGUUUACCUGUCUCUGCCAGAUGGACUAGACAGGUUUACCCACUACAUGAUUCUCACUUGUCGGAACCAAGAGGGGAUUCUUAAGAAUGUGGCUCUUCCCAAAGGAGCUAAUCACCAGCCAAAUGGGUUCAGGUUGGAAAUUCAAGAUGGCAGCCUUCAAUUUCCUCAUUUGAGCUCAAAGGUCUAUGGAAACUGCUCUUUUGGAGCCGAGCCAAGCAAAGGCUAGUGGUACCCGCUUAAGGCCAGAUUAAUCGCUUUUAAUAAACUGCCUGAGAUGGCGAGGAAGAGUAUCUGCCUUGAUCCAUCGGGGGCCAUGAGUAUUUAGGUGUAAAACUCCAGCCCUAUCAAUGGCAAAGAGCUUAUUAGUCUUAGCAUUAAAAUUACCAUCUUUUAAAUCUUGCGAGUUCUUAGAAAAUACUUCACCUAGUAUGGCCGCAGUUUUGCACAUUGAUAUCCCACAAGAUACCUAUACUGUGCGUUCAAAAGUAUAUAUUGAUUCAUCAACUUUUUCAAAUAAUGAAGGUAAUUUCAUAAUUUAUGUCGAUAAUCAAAACAGAAACUCAUCAGUUGAAACCAGAAACUGCUUAUUUGAGUACAACAAAGGAAUUGUUAUCUCAUUAAAUUAUGACUAUUUUAUCGAAAUUGGAUCAAUUUUCCGAUAUAACUCAGGGGUCUAUGGGACAUGUUUUUUCCUCCAAAAUUCUGCGAUAUUAUAUGCAAACUCCGAGUUUUUGAAUAAUACAAGCAGUGACUCAGGAGGGGUCAUAGCUAUGAGCUUUAAAUCACUUUUCAAUUGCGACAAUUGCACUUUUAGCAAGAACUGAGCUAUAAAGGGAAAAGGUGGCGUUUUAGUAAGUGAGCAAGAUUCUCAAUUUUUGAUAUCAAAUUCAAAUUUCUCAGAAAAUUCAUGUGGAAAUGAUGGGUCAGCAAUUUUUUCUUUUAAUUGCAAUACCACAGCCUCGUUAAUAACUUCAUCCACUUUUUCUGGCAACCACGCACAAGGCUCAGGUGUAAUAGCAUUUAUUAGCUCAAAAAUGACUAUUUCCUCAUCUUAUAUUGGCGGUAACUCAAAUAGUGGAUAUUCGUCAGGGAUUAAAUUGAUAUACUCAAAUGCUAAUAUUUUGGAUUCAAAGUUUAUAGGCCAGACCAGUAUCUCAGGUAAUUUUAUUUAUGCUCUUGCAGAGAGCAAUGUUAAUAUUCAAAAUAUCACCUUUUCUGGUGGGUAUUCAAAAGAAAGCGGCGGGGCAAUCUAUUCUAGUGCUAGCACUGUCUCUAUAAAUUCUUCAGUCUUUACUGAUUUAUCAUCCCCAAAAGGCGGUGCAAUUUACUCUGCUUUUGAUAGCACAAUAACUAUAAGAAAUUCAGAAUUUUUUAAUCUCACUAGUUCCUCUACAGGAGGUAUCAUUAACGCUAAUCAAGCGAACUUGAUUAUACAAAACUCAAAAUUUAAGCAAUUUUACUUGACAGGGAUUUAUGGGAAAGAGCUAAAGAAAUUAGAAAUUUCGGACUCAGAGUUUAGAGAUGGCUAUGGGUAUGAUGGCGGAGUAAUAUUCUGUGACUCAUGCAACAAAAUUAAUAUCAAAUCAUCAACUUUUGACAAUAAUAGUGCUACUUUGUAUGGAGGUGCUUUAUUUUUGACUGCUAAUAGUGAAGAAAAAGCAAGUCAAAGCAUUUCUUCAUGCAGAUUUACUAAUAAUAUUGCUCAAAACGGAGGCGCGAUAUACUCAAAUGAAGUUAGCCUAAGCAUAUCCAGCUCUGACUUCACUCAAAAUAAAGCCAUAUCUAAACAAGAUACUGAAGAUUUUGGUAUUGGAGGAGGAAUCAGGAUAGGCUGCCCAAGUACUCAAGCCUGCAAAUUUAAACUCCAAAUGAACACUUUUACAGACAACACAGCAAUGCAUAAAGGUGGAGCUAUUAGUUGAGACGACAAUCUGCCUGAAUUCGCAAAUAACUCAUACACAAAUAAUGCAGCUGAGUAUGGAGGAGACAUUGCUUCUUACCCUGUCAAGUUAAUGCAAGUAAAUGAAAUGGGAGCUUUAGAAGACUAUAACAGUCGAAGACUCAAUGAUUUUGUGUCAGAUAUUAAUUUGACUGAUAUUGCAUCAGGGCAAAGCAUCAAAAAUAAACUUGUGGUUGCUUUAGUUGACAACAUGAACAAAGUCAUAGCAACUGAUGAUUCAAGUGAAGCAGAGCUAAAAGCAGUCAACUCGACUACACAAAUUUCUGGGAAAAUCAAAGUCAACGCUGUCAAAGGGAUUUUCAACUUUUCUGAAUUUGUCAUUUCAGAAGAUCCCGGGUCUGAUAUACAAAUAAUGGUCACUUCUUCUGCAAUUGAUACAAGUAAAAUAAAAAAAUCUGGGGAAACUGUAUUUAGUAAAAGCUUGGUUUUUAACGUGAAUAUGCGGAAUUGCAAGAUAGGAGAAGUCAGCUCAGGGAAAAACUGCGAGAUCUGCCCUGCUGGGUUUUAUAGCUUAAAUCCAAGCUUAAUGUCUUGUUUGGCUUGUCCUAACACAGCUGAAUGCUAUGGAAAUUUUUCAAUGGUCCCUCGGCCUGGGUACUGGAGAGACAAUAUGUAUACAGAUAAAUUCUGGAAAUGUCCCCAUACUUCAGCCUGCUUGGGUUCUCCUGAUAAAAAUAAUAUUUCUUAUACUGGUGAAUGUGGAGAAAUGUACAAAGGCAAUAAAUGCCAAUCAUGCAAAACCGGGUACACUCACACAGCAGACAACAAGUGUGAAAAAUGCCCAAGCAAGGUAAAUAACAUUUUGACUACGUCAGGUAUUACUUUACUACUUAUUAUCGUAUCAUUUCUUAUUGUAAAAGUUACAAGACAGUCCGCUUUCAAGCCGAAAUCACAUGUCUCAAUCUAUAUAAAGAUAUUUUUGAACUACAUCCAAAUGGUGAUUUUAGCCUCGACUUUUAAGCUAAAGUGGCCAGACGAAGUCGUAGAAGUUUUUAAAAUUCAGUUGCAGUCUGACUAUGUGCACCAGCAAAUGUAUUCAUUUCAGUGCCUUUUCCAAAGCAAUAGCUCACAAAGUCUGGUUUAUUUCAGGACUCUUAUUAUUGUGGCUUUGAUCCCAGUCUUCAUGGUAAUUUUAUCAUUAUUCUUUUGGCUUGUUUUUAAGUGCAUUAAAAAAUCAAAAUCGACUUUCUGGGAUGAUUUUAUAUCGACAUGUAUCAUUUUGCUAUUUUUGAUUCACCCUAAUAUUGUAAAAACAAUGUUUGCAUCAAUGAACUGCACUGAAAUAAAUGAUGGAGAAUAUUGGCUAGAAACGGAUCUUGAUAUUAGGUGCUGGGACCAUGACCAUAUUUUUUACGUGCUAGUUGUCUCUUUGCCAUCUAUUGUUAUAUGAGGAAUCAUAAUGCCAACUAUCUGUUUGGUGAACCUUAUAAGGAAUAAAAACAAUUUAAACGAUAUAAGUGUGAGGCUUAGGUAUGGAUUUCUGUUUAAUGGGUACAAAGAGCAGCAUUUUUACUGGGAAUUUAUAAUUUUAUAUAGCAAAAUCAUCCUUAUUUGUUGCUCUGUGUUUCUUACGAGAAUAUCUUUGUCACUCCAAGCACUGAUUGUAUCAAUAUUAUACUCAAUUUAUCUGCGUUUACAGUACUCAAAUAACCCAUACAAUGAAGACGUUUUGAACCAAAUGGAAAUACGUGCUAAACUUGUAUGUGUGGUUACCAUUUAUAGUGGACUCUAUUAUUUGAUGGGGUCUCUUGGAAAUGUCGCGAGCUAUUUCUUAUUUAUUCUAAUAGUCAUUGCGAAUUUUUACUUUUUAGUCUACUGGGCUUGGUAUCUCUUGAAAUCGAUCUUCAAUAAGAUAAAUAAACAUGUGACUGAAUGGAAAAAUAGAAGCAGGGUAAGCAAUCAGCCAGAAGGAAGCAACUUAAAAAUUGAGGGUGCGGAAGACUUAAGUGGCGUUUUCAGCAAAAAGAUUAAUGUUUCAAUUUCAUCAAAUGAGAAAUUUUUAAGUGAAAGCCAAAUUUUGAAUAUGAGCAAUGAUCCGAGUGAUCCGGAACUUAUCCAUAUUGAAGUCGAAAUUUCUGAAGAAGCUAAACUCCUCCUUUUUUUUAGAUCCAUAAAAAUUUACUUUAUAUAAAAUUGAUAAUUAUUAUAGCAUAAUCUCUAGCUAGAAUUCUAGAACCCAAAAUUUAUGAUUAAGCUCAUAACUUCUUUUAAAUUCUUGGCUAAUUUUUUUAAAUUUCGAAAAACUUAUUAAUAAAAAAUAUUAAUUUGCCUCCAUAAGAUUUUUGCUUGCUCACUGGAGUAAGGAGGAAUAA